AUGUUACCGAGAGCCCUGGGGAAAAGCAGCGGGAGCUUCUCUCUCUCCACCACAGGCAGCCAGCUGCUCUUCAGCCUUGGCUGGAGACUCCUGGAUGAGGGCACCCCCACCACCUCCCAAGGCAGCCUGUGCCCCCUCUGGGAGAGCUCUUCUCGAUGGAAAGUUUCCCUUGACACGGAGCUUCGACUGGCCUCUCUAGUCCCCACAGGGGAGAAGUCCUAUUACUGCUCCUGGCCCUUUCUUCUGGGGCAGAAGACUCCUCCUCCCGGCGACACUUCAGAGAUGGGAAGGGUAGUCACUGAUAAAGAUGUUCAGUGGCACAGGCUAGGCGCUAGCCCGUGGACCUGGCACCGUGCCCCGCUCUGGACCCGCCAACCUGUGGGCCUGGCCCUAUGUCCUGCUCUGGACCCUCCAGACUAUGGGCCUGGCCUCGUGUCCUGCUCUGGACCUGCCAGACUGUCCUCUGCUCUAGCCCCUCGGGCUCCUCCUCCUCCACUUGCAGCCCCACCCUCCUCAAUGGGGGACACCUUCCCAGAGGGGCACGUGAUUCUGGCCGAAGCCCAGAAACCCCAGACCCGUUGGGGUCAGCUGAGAACCUCAGGCAGCUUAGACUCUUGCGGGGAACAACACGGGAGUGGAGGUUCGGAAGAGCCCGUUGUCCUCUGCGAAGGUGCAGGGGUCUGGGCAGGGGCCCAUGAUGAAGGGGCGCCCCCCUCCAGGAACGAGGGGCAUCAGCCCGUAUUUGAUGCUGAGGAAACUCGGGCCCGGGGUGCAGUGCAGAGGCCGCCAGCACGCACGCGCACCAGAAAGCAGUACAGGCCGUGUAUGGGGCGUGGGCGCCGAGGUGACAUCACUUCCGUCCCUGCCGCCUGGGCUCCGGCUAGCUGUGGCCGCCUCGGCUCUUUCGCCCCGCCCUUAUCCGCUGCCGGGUUCGAGCCCUGGUAUUCAGGCCCUGCUAGACAUCCUGCUGACUGGCCCUGCCCAUCCCCCCUGGAGGAGGAGGAGGAGAUGGCCCCCAUGUUCCUGGUGGCCAGCGCCCACCAGGGCCCUGUGACAUUCGGGGACGUGGCUGUGGACUUCUCCCAGGAUGAGUGGGGGCACCUGGACCCUAAUCAGAAGGAGCUGUACCGGGAGGUGAUGCUGGAGAACUAUGGGAACCUGGUGUGCCUGGGACUCGCAGUUUCCAAACCUCAUGUGAUCCAGCAGUUGGAGCGAAGGGAAGCACCUUGGAUGCCACAGGAAGGUGUCCCAAGGAGCUGUGGUCCAGACUGGGAGGCUAGACUUGAAACCAUGGCUUCAUCUCUAAAGCUGGAGUUCUCCAGAGAAAAUUCCUUCCAGGAAAGACUCAGGAGAGAUGAUGUUACUGCCUUCAGAUUGAGAAAGGCCUUCAAUUUUGAUGCGAUGUCAGAAAGGCAUCAGAGAAAUGAGGAGAAAUCUCUUCAGCAAACAAAAUUCAUCCAAAACAUACUUCCUCAAAGGCAUGAACACAGUAAAUAUGGCAAAAACUUCAGUCUAGGACCAGUCAUUUUACCACAACAGAGUGUAAGUAUAGGAAGCAGUCUACGUCAAUGUGAUAAAGAUCAGAAGAGCUUUAGCCUGUAUUCAGACAUCAGGAAUUAUAACCAAAUCUGUGUUAAACAAGUAUUUUCUAAGUAUAAUGAAUUUCAGGAUUCCUUCAGUUACAAUUCAGACCUUCCUGGGAAUUGUGUGAUACGUUCUGCAGGGAAACCUCAUGAACUUAAUGAAUGUAGCACGUUAUUCCUGAGCUCUCAGCUUACACAGCUCCAAAGAAUUCAUGCAGGAUGGGAACCUUAUGAACCUAAUGAGUGUAGGAAGGCCUUCAGUAAGAGCUCAGAGCUUAUUGAGCAUCAGUCAGUUCAAACUGGAGAGCAGACUUUGGAAGUUAAUGAAUAUGCAGAGGUUCUCUUGCCAAGCACAAAUCAUACUGAACAUCAGUUAGUUCAUGCUGGAGAGAUACCUUGCAAAUGUAAACAAUGUAGUAAAGCAUUUUUCCUGAGCUCACAACUUAGUGUACAUCAGAGAAUGCAUACUGGAGAAAAACGUUAUAAAUGUAAUGAAUGUGGGAAAGUCUUCCGCCAGAAAGCAAAACUUAAUAUACAUAUAAGAAUUCAUACUGGAGAAAAACCUUUUGAAUGUAAUGAAUGUGGAAAGGCUUUCCGUGAGAGCUCAGACCUUACUCUACAUCAGAGAAUUCACACUGGAGAGAAGCCUUAUAAAUGUAGUGAAUGUGGGAGGGCCUUCAGGCGGAGCAAAAACCUUACCCUCCAUUGGAGAAUUCACACCGGAGAGAGACCUUUUGAAUGUAAUGAAUGUGGGAAAGCUUUCCGCCAGAGCUCAGACCUCUCUCAACAUCAGAGGAUUCAUACUGGAGAAAAACCUUACGAAUGUAAGGAGUGUGGAAAUGUCUUCCGCCAGAGCUCACACCUUAUUCUACAUCAGAGAAUUCAUACUGGAGAGAAACCAUAUGAAUGUAAUGAGUGUGGGAAGGCAUUUCGCCUGGGCUCACAACGUAAUGUGCAUCAGAGAAUUCAUACUGGAGAGAAACCAUAUGAAUGUAAUGAAUGUGGGAAGGCCUUUCGCAAGAGCUCAUACCUUACUCAACAUCAGAGAAUUCAUACUGGAGAAAAACCAUAUAAAUGUAAUGAAUGUGGGAAGUCCUUCAAUCGGCGCAGAAAUCUUACUUUCCACCAGAGAAUUCACACUGGUGAGAAACCAUAUGAAUGUAAUGAAUGUGGCAAGACCUUUAGCUCGAACAGAAACCUCACUCUUCAUCAGAAAAUUCAUACUGGCAAGACAACAUAAAAAUGUAAUGAUUGUGAGAAAUACCUCCAUCACAGAUAAGACUUUACUGAAGAUCAGAGAACUCGUAGUGGGUAACAACCUUAUCAGUGAAAAGAAGCUUGAACAUCUACCAGAGCACAAAGCUUACUAAGCCUCAGUCAGUUCAUGGGAAUGAAACCAUAGAAAUCUCAUAGAUAUGACAGUCCCUAGCUCACAAGUUAGUGUGCACCAGAGAAUUCAUAAUGGAAUUCCUUAUGAAUGGAAUGACUGGGAGGUUCUGCCAGAACUAUCCCCUCCCUGAUCUGUAUCAGAAUUCAUGUCCUAGAGGAUCCUUAUGAAUGUUAGAAGACUUUCAGCUGAAACAGAACCCUCAGUCCUCUCAGGAAUUCACACUGGAAAGGAACUAUAUGAAUGUACUCAAUUAGCAAGCAUUUAUUAAGAAUUUGCAAUAUCCCAGAUACUGUGCUAGUACUAGAGAUAAAAAAAAAAGCAUAAAGUUCCUUCCUUCAAGGAUAGUACACUUUAUUCGGGGAGACAAGAAGUAGAUAAAUAGCUGUUUAUCUGAUAGAAAAUAGAUGUAGUGAGAAAGGUAUGAGCAGCUGGAGUGGGGGGGGGGGUGGAGAUGAAAGGGAAAGAAAAAGGGGUGAAUGGGGAAUGGUGAGGGCCUCUUGAACAAGUCUUCCUGAAGGAAGACACAGAUUCUGAGAUAAGGGGGAGGUAUGGAUGAUGGAUAUACUUCGCAUAUGGGAAGACUACUGCAUGACCUGCAAAUGAGGACUGGCAAUUGGGCCAGUAUGCCUGGAGUAUAAAAGGUAGUAAUGGGUAGGAAGGCUGGAAAGAUCAGGAGAAGCUAGGUUGUAAGGAGCUUUAUAUUCCGGAGGAGUUGAUAUCCUAGAUAUGAUAAGGAUCCAUCAGAGUAUAAUGACCAGGGUCAGGACAGAUGGGCAUGCCAUGGUCAAAAUUAUGUUUUAAGGAAAUCAUUUUGGUAGUUUAGAGCAGGGCUGUCCAACCUUAGGUUUUUAUUGAAACAAUAGACAAUGUAGUGAGACCUCUGCAGUAGCUCUGCUUCAUUUACUAAAGUGUUUAUGUAGAUUUUUAUGCUCAUAGGCGGGGCUGCAUGCGGCCCUCGCAUUGUGGACAACCCUAGUUUAGAGGAUGGAUUGGACCAGGAAGAGAUUUGAGGCAGCAACACCAGUCAUGAGGCAACUGCAAUAGUCUAGGUGAGAGAAGUGCCUGAACUUGGUGUGUAUUUCUCAUGAGUGGAGAAAAGGACGUAUGAGAUGAUGUGGAAACAGGAAGGACAGGGUUUAGCAACUCAUUGAAUAUAUGGAAGGAGAAUGAGAAGGAAAAAAUGACACCUAGGUUUGAAUCUUAAUGCUUGAAAAAAAUGAUGCCCUCAGCAGUAAUAGGGAGGUUUGAAAGAUGGAGAGGUUUGGGAUGUCUAGAGUAAGUCUAAUUUGAAGUGUCAGCCAACGCAUGUGAUCCUGGAAUUUAAGACAGAUGAGGUUUGAUGAUACAAAUCUGAGAUUGGUUUGCAUAGAUAACUGAACCCAGAGGAACUGAUGAGAUCAUCAAGUAAGAGAGUACAUGUAGAGGAAGGCCUCAGCCUCCUUACCUAGGGUUAAACCCACAGCUACCAGGCUUAAAAUGUGUGAUGAUGCAGCAGAGGAAACUGAGAAGGACCAGUCAGGAAGAGCAACGGAGGUGGUGUCAUGAAAACCCAGAGAGAAGCAAAUUUCAAGGAGGUAUUUAAAGGUGCCAAAUGUUACACAGGACUUGGAAAUGGCCUAAGAUUGGAAAAGAUCACUGGUAACCCUGGAGAAAGCAGUUUCAUUUACAUGAUGAAGAAACAUUGCAGGAGGUUUAAAGGGGAGUAAAAAUAGACACUAGGGUAGACAGCUUUGUCAGUGAGGAAGGAUAGAGGAGUUAGAUACACAAAGUAGAGAGCUUUAUUAAGGACUUUAGACUCAAAGGGAAGGAGCUAAUCUAGGAUGAUAGGGAUGUAGGAUCUGGUGAGGGUUUUUUAAGGCUGAGAACAACUUUGGUGUGUGCAUAAGCAGCAGGGAAAGAGCCAAUAGAUAGGGAAAAAUUGGAGUGAUAGGUCAAAUAAAGAAAAAAUGGGAGGGGAAGGACUCAAUGGUGCACACAGAAGUUGGCCUUGGCAAGGAGAAUGGCCACCUCUUCAAGACUAAAAUAAAGGAGGUGAUGGAGAGGAUAGCAGAGAAAUGUGAUGACUCAUUUAGUGAAUGACUUUUUUUUUUAAAAGGUUGAGAGAAGGUCCUCAGCUGAGGGGGUGGGACUUGGGGUGCCAUGGGAGUGGAGAAAGUUUGGAAUAGCUACUGUCAUGAAUAGGAUAGAGAAUAGAGAGGACUAGAAAGAUUACCUUGCUGCAGUGAGAGCCCAGUUAAGGUUAGAUAAUCAUUUAGUAGUGGACUUAGUCAACAUGGUUUCAUGAUGUCCUUAAGCUCUGUUGUACUUAAGCUCAGCUGUAUGUGUAUAUGACCAGAGGAAGUGGAUGUUUGGAGUAAUCUGUGGUUGUUAUUGAUAGAUACUUUUAGCAGUGGGGCACAGACACUAGGGGUUCAAGAGUAGUAGAUCAUAUAACCUAAACUGAUUCGCCAAGAGGUUGAGAUUUGGAAGGAACAGGGGUUAUGGCCCGGGAAACUACUGAGGGGUAGGAAGGAUAAGUCACAGUAAGGACAAAGAACAAGGAUUUGAUAGUAAAGUAUAUAGAGAGAUGGAGCAAUAAAAGAUGAUAUUAUAAAGGAAAAUUAGUUCUUUAACACCGAAGUACAACACAUAAGUAUGAUAGGAACAUCUAAGCCAUGACUGUGCCUAUGUUUAGCUGAGAUGGAGUGGAGGAGUGGGUCCUUGUGUUUGAGAAGACCAAGGGACUGGGCAAUUGGUUAUUUGAAGGGACAUCAACAUGUUUUUUGAAGUCCCCCAAUAUGAAGGCAGGUGUUGGGGGUCAAGAGGUAACUGAUCCAAGCACUGACCUCCUUCAGAAAAUGUUCUAAGGUCAGUAGGCAAAAAAUCCUCCAGAAUAUGGAUUGAAUGAAUGCCGAGAGAGAGGUCGAGUGAUGGUGGUAAAAGGAAAGUCUAAAAGUGUCAGUGGAGAGUAUGGCAUAGUGCAUGCAACCUGGGACCAAUGAGGCUGGGUGGGGACAGGGUGGCUAUAAAAGAAAAUGCCCCAGGUACUGGCGAGGAUGGGCAGGGAUGAAUCAUCAAUUGCGGAAGCCAGAAGAAGCAAGAGGAAGAGAACUGAAAUAAAAAUAAACUUGCUAAUCCUGGGGCAGGGUCUAAGAUGGCAUAGUAGAAGAGGCUGGGCACGUUGAGUGGGGAGGACACUAUAUAGAACACAGAGUUUGGAGUCAGGAAGACCUGACACUGGGAGUAUAAUCAGGUCAUGUAACCCCUUGGGACCUCAGUUCCUUCAUCUGUAAGAUGGGAAUAAUAGGACUCCCAGGCUGUGGUGAGGUUCAAAUAAGAUGUUCUGCGUUUUGCACACCUUAAAGCCCUAAGGAAACACUUGCUGUUACUAGGUUCAGGUGGAUGGACUUCAGAGAAAGGACAAUUUGGGACUGAUGGGGAGAUAGUUCUUUGGCAGUCAGAUGUUCACUAUCGCUGCUGAGAUUAAAAUGAAGUCCAAUAUACUAGCUAUUGGGGAAUCAGUCUAGACAGAAUGGAUGCCAGGAGGGCUGCUAUGGUUAAGUAGAAAGUCCAGUCUCCCCACAACCUGGAAUUUUGACCGCUUGCUAAGACUUCUAAGCAUUUCCUAUGUGCCAGGUACUGUGCUAAAUGCUGGGCGUACAAAGAAAGGCAAAAGACAGUCCCUGUUCUCAAGGCAAACAAUUGUAUGGAGCAGAUACCAGGGGAUCCCAAAAGUCUUACUGCAGGUCUGAAAAACGUAAGGUUUUUGAUAUAUUGUAUAUAGAGAAAAUUGGAAAUGAUCGUGGAGAUCACUGGCAUUAAAGACAACUAGGAAAAGCUUCCUGCCAAAGGUAGCACAGGAAGCAGAAGUGAAGAGGAAGGGCAUUCCAAGAAUGGACAACAGUGCAAAGGCAGAGUGGGGAGAAAGAAAGCGGGCAGGUGCUGAAUCAUAGAAGGAGUGAGCCAAGUUGGCGAGUACAAUGUUCGGAGCUCUAUGCUAAGCUCCGGAGAUACAGAGAAGCCAAGAUGGGAAAGUCCUGGCUUUCAGGGGGUUCACCUGAUAGAGGAGAGCACAUGCAUAUAACUGGGUACAUAAAAGAUCUAGACAGGGCAAAUGGAAGGGACUCACAAAGGCCCCCCAAGAGGAGAUUGGAACUGAAAAUUCACAGACACUAAGAGGAGAGAGAGCGUUCCACGUGUGGGGUGAAGUUACAGAGAGGAAUGGAAUGCCAGGAGUGAGGCUGAUGUAGCUACUGCUGAAUAGGGAGUGAUGCAUAGGAAGGCUGGAGAGAGGAAGGGUCCAAGUUGUGAAGGACUUUUAAAAUUGAAGCAGGGUUUUCUAUCUGGGCUAGGAGCCAGUAGAACUUACUGAGUGGAGCUCACUGGUGACUUUGGAGAGUAGUUUGGGUGGAACGAUGAGGGUGGAAACCCAACGGUAAGGGGUUAAGAAGAGAGUAAGAGGAGCGAAGGUACAAAUUACAGACCUUGAGCAUAUCAACAACAAAGAAAGCUACUGAGAACAGAGAGAUCAAUGAUGGGGACGGAAGAGUCACGUAGGGGUGUUUUGGGGGACCGAGGAGACAUAGGCGGUAGAGAAAGGGCUGGUGGACAGGUAGAAAUUGAAGAUAAGUGAGGGAAUGGGAAUGCCAGAGGCAGAGAUCUAUUGGAGGAGAAAGGAAGGAAUGC